AUGACACCGGAGUUUGGUGUAUUUACUCUAUUUAUGUGAAGGUUUACUUCGUCCAAUUUCACGAUCUUAGACUGGAGAAUAAAAGCAGUAGCUAUAUACUAUAUGAAAACUUGUUACUGUAUGAUAAUUCAACAAUGUCUAUGUCUGCAGUUUUUGUUUUAGACUUAAAAGGAAAGAAUCUGAUAUGUCGCGACUACAGAGGAGACAUCGAUAUGAAUAUGAUAGAGAAGUUUCUGCCACUUGUGUUAGAACAGGAAGAAGACAGUAUUACUUCCCCAAUUGUUGUUUGUGGUGACAUCACAUUUGUUUACAUUAAGUACAACAAUUUAUACAUCGUAUCAACAACUAAAAUCAAUGCCAAUGUGGCUCUGGUCUUUUCCUUCCUACAUAAAUUAGUUCAGGUUUUUCGAGAGUAUUUCAAAGAAUUAGAAGAAGAAAGUAUUCGGGAUAAUUUUGUUUUGAUUUAUGAGUUGAUGGAUGAACUGAUGGAUUUUGGGUAUCCACAAACUACAGAGACAAAAAUAUUACAGGAAUUUAUCACACAACAAAGUCACAAGUUAGAAGCUGCACCACGCCCACCACCAGCAGUUACUAAUGCUGUUUCGUGGAGAACAGAAGGCUUAAAGUAUCGAAAAAACGAAGUAUUCUUAGAUGUAAUUGAAUCGGUUAACUUGUUAGUAAAUGCAAAUGGAAAUGUGCUACGUAGUGAAAUUGUUGGUUCCGUCAAAAUGAAGGUCUAUUUAACUGGAAUGCCCGAGCUAAGGCUUGGUUUGAAUGAUAAAAUUCUAUUUGAAAAUACAGGAAGAUCAAAAAGUAAAGCGGUUGAACUAGAAGAUGUAAAAUUCCACCAGUGCGUCAGAUUGUCACGAUUCGAAAAUGAUAGAACAAUAUCCUUCAUUCCUCCCGAUGGGGAAUUUGAAUUGAUGUCAUAUCGCUUAAAUACACACGUAAAACCAUUGAUAUGGAUCGAAUCAGUUAUAGAAAAGCAUUCUCAUAGUCGUGUCGAGUACAUGAUCAAGGCAAAAAGUCAGUUCAAAAAACGCUCGACAGCAAACAAUGUUGAAAUAAUUAUACCUGUUCCAGAAGACGCUGACUCACCAAAAUUUAAGACAACUAUAGGAAGUUUAAAAUAUGCUCCUGAAAAAAAUGCAAUUAUCUGGAAUAUAAAGUCGUUUCAGGGUGGCAAGGAAUUCUUGAUGAGGGCGCAUUUUGGUCUUCCUAGUGUGGAAUCGGAGGAAUCCGAAUCAAAGAUACCAAUCGCAGUAAAAUUUGAAAUCCCCUACUUCACUGUGUCUGGUAUACAAGUACGAUAUUUGAAAAUUAUUGAAAAGAGUGGUUAUCAAGCCUUGCCUUGGGUAAGAUACAUCACACAAAACGGAGAUUAUGCUUUACGGACAUAAAUCACAACUGAUACAAUUCGUCGGAUCGGGAUCUUUCGUCGAAUUCUUUAAUCAAAAAAAUAAUAAAAAAACGAUUCAAGAGCCCUUCAGCAUAUGUAGGGAAAUAAAUUCUAAUUUUGUACAAA